GCAUAUAAGCUAAAGAACAGUAAAGAGUUUUCGUCAAAUAUACCUGGCCCACAAUGCAAUUCUUUUAGUUCUUAUUUCGGCCCUUAAAUAAUUCGUAUAUCUGAGAAAACGCUGACUUUUAAGAACUCGCAAUGGAUAAUUCAGACAUUGUGGUAGUUGGUUCAUGUAAUAUGGAUCUCGUGACAUACACUCCCCGUUUACCUUUAAAAGGUGAAUCCAUUCACGGACAUAGGUAAUCAAGGUAUGUCACUGGAUUUGGUGGAAAAGGUGCAAACCAAUGUGUGGCUGCUACAAAACUUGGUGCAAAAACUUCCAUGGUUUCACGUGUCGGUGAGGACAGCCAUGGGGAGCAAUAUAUUGAGAAUUUUAAAACUUUGAAAGUAAACACAGAUCAUGUUAUAAAAACAAAGAAUGAGACAACUGGGGUAGCGCCCAUUACAGUUGCUGAUGAUGGAAGCAACUGUCUUGUGAUUGUCCCCGGAGCAAAUAUGAUCUUAUCCUCAGAUGACGUUGAACAAGCUUAUAAUUGUAUAAAGAAUUGCAAGGUUUUGCUCUGUCAAUUAGAAGUGCAACCAUCCACUUCACUUCAUGCUCUUAAAUUAGCCAAAUCACUUGGUAUUACAACGAUAUUCACCCCUGCACCUGCCCCUGUGGCCAAACUUGACGAAAAGUUUUUUGAGUAUGCUGAUGUGAUUUGUCCCAAUGAAACAGAGGCUGAAGCCUUAACAGGAAUCGCGGUGACUGACACUGAAAGUGGAAAAAAGGCAGCUCAAGUUCUGGUAAAAAAAGGUUGUCAAAUAGGAAUUGUCACCCUUGGCCAGAACGGUUGUGUUUUUGCUGAAAAAUCUACAAAUAAAGUUGUUCAUGUUCCAGCCCCAGCAGUAAAGCCUGUUGAUACAACAGGUGCUGGAGAUGCAUUUACUGGAGCUCUUGCAUUUUAUCUUGCUCGGUUUCCUGAAUUGCCAACCGAGGAAAAAUUGCAGAGGUCGUGUCAAGUUGCAAGUUUCAGUGUCUGUCGGAAUGGUACACAGACAAGUUACCCUUUUCAUCACGAACUUCCCAAAAAAUUAACUUCCGCAUAGAGAACUGCUAAAACUUAUUUCACAAAUGAAAAUUAUUACAAUCUUUUAGCAGUUUUUAAUUCAUAAUGUGCAAUUUAGUAGAAGUUUUGGGUUUUACUAGUCACAAUCAAUCUGUACAGUUUUAAUCCCCUGAUUGUAGGUGGUGAUUAAAAUUUGAUUAGCAGUAUACGUGUGUAGAGUUUGUUAAUAUAAUGAUUUUGGUGCAUUUGCAGCAUGAUCCUACACGAAAUAAAUUUUAUUCAUGUUGACGUAAUUUUAACAUAGCAAUAAAUAUGAUUAAAAUAAUGUUUUAAAUAAAAUUUAUAAAUGUUUGUGUGAA